GUAAAUAAAGAAACUUUGGUUAUAAUUAUAGGACAUAGUUUGGUUUGGUUUCUUGUAUUGUAUUGUAUUGUAUAUUCUCUUUCAUUCCUUUUUUUUGGUUCUAUUUUGACUCUGUCAAUUAUCUGAGAGAUUUUUAGUAUAUUCUAAUUCAUUUUUCACAUGUUAGUAAUUUUUCUAUUCAUAUAUAGCUUGUGUUGCUGGUUUCAUUAUCCAUUCAAGUAGCGUUCGACCGAUUUGGAAUUUGACUUUGGUGGAAAGAGUCUAUUUUUUGUACAAUUAGUUGUAAAGUGACUUAUAUUUGGAAUUAAGAGAAUAUUUGGAGUCAAUAUUGUUUGUUGAGUUUACUAGAUUUGUAACAUCAGCAAUUGACUUAAAAGUGAGAUCUAUAGCGGAAAGGGACGCAUUUAAAAGUCGCUACUGUCUAAUGUGUGGAUUUUGGAACUGAAAAAAUGGGUUGUUGUGUGUCAACGAGCAGUCGGAGUACUUGUAGCAGCGGGAGCAAUGGAGAUAUGGCUACUCCAACUUGCUUAGAAAUUGGAUUCUGUGCGAAAAAGAGAGCGAGGAGAACGUUCUCCGACCAUGUUAUUUCUCUACAUCAUUUAUCAUCAUUACCUAGCAGAAUUUUCACUAAUGGAAAGAGUCGUGGUUCGUGCAUAUUUACGCAGCAGGGCCGUAAGGGAAUUAAUCAGGACGCUAUGGUUGUGUGGGAAGAUUUCAUGUCCGAAGAUAUGAUCUUUUGUGGUGUUUUUGAUGGCCAUGGUCCACAAGGUCAUCUUGUUGCACGUAAAGUGAGGGAUACCUUACCAGUAAAAUUGCUUUCGUUUUUGCAUUCUUAUGAAUCAAAGCGAAACGGGUCGGCCAAAGCUUGUUUGAAACGGAACAUGAAAUCGGACGGUGGAGACACUGAGAAAGAUAUCUCUUCUGAGGAUAAACUGAACUCCACAUGGAAAGAAGCUUUCAUGAAAGCAUACAAGGCCAUGGACAAAGAGCUCAGUUCUCACCCGAAACUUGACUGCUUCUGUAGUGGCAGCACAUCCGUGACUAUAGUGAAGCAGGGUUCAAAUCUCUUCAUGGGAUAUAUUGGCGAUUCUCGAGCAAUCAUGGGAUCCAAAGACAGCAAUGACUCCAUGGUGGCAAUUCAGUUGACUGUUGAUUUGAAGCCUGAUUUACCAAGAGAAGCGGAAAGAAUCAAGCAGUGCAAGGGUAGGGUUUUUGCUUUGCAAGAUGAACCGGAAGUGUCUAGGGUAUGGUUGCCUUUUGAUGAUGCACCGGGGUUGGCAAUGGCUAGAGCAUUUGGAGAUUUCUGCUUGAAGGAGUAUGGUGUGAUUUCUAUACCAGAAUUUUCUCACCGGCUGCUUACGGACAGAGAUCAAUUCAUUGUUCUUGCCUCUGACGGGGUUUGGGAUGUCUUAAGUAAUGAGGAGGUAGUUGAGAUAGUAUCGUCAGCACCAACACGAUCAUCAGCAGCAAGAAUUCUGGUAAAUUCAGCUGCUCGUGAAUGGAAACUCAAGUACCCAACUUCGAAGAUGGAUGACUGUGCUGUAGUGUGCUUAUUUUUAGAUGGUAAAAUGGAUUCAGAGUCAGAUUAUGAGGAACAAUGCUUCUCUUCUGCUACCAUUCAGAGUAACCAUUCGGGAAAUCCAAUCGAAUCAGAUGAUGGACAAAAGUCCGAGCCAUCUUUGCAAAGGAACUUUACUGUGAGAUCAUCGGAAGAAAACGAGAUUAAUGGAGCAGUGUCAGUUGAUGUUGAAGAUGGAACAGCGCCCGCUGAUGAUCAAAACUGGUUAGGCUUGGAAGGGGUCACCCGUGUAAACUCACUCGUCCAACUUCCUAGAUUUUCAGAAGAAAGGUCAAAGUCAAACUCUUGAAUUUGUUGCUUAAUGGGGUAACUGUUUAUUGUAGUACCUAGUACAACACUCAUUCAAGAAAGAAUAUUUUUGUGGGAAGUGGUAACAUUUUGAUACUCUUUGCUUACCUAAUUUACUUGUAGAAAACUAAUGUCGGAUUAGGGUUGCAAAACGUAAUUGAUCCCGGCUUAAUGUAAGACAUUAAUAACUAGGGGUGUUCAUGGGUUGGUCAACCUGAUGACCUAACCCCAAAGUGUUUGGUACGUGUGGGUCAAAUUCGAAUUAACCCGGACAAAUCUAAGUGGUUUGAUUUGAGUAACAAUUUUACAA